CGUUCUCUGCUCUCUCUCGCUCUCGCUCUCGCUCGCUUCAUUGAAUCUGUUCUCAACCGAUCUCCCAAAGGCUCUCGAUCUUCGAUCUCGAUACUUUGAAUCUCUGUCGUUCUUUAUUCUACAUUCGAUUUUGAUUAAUUUUGUUGAUCUCUUAACGAUCUAAUAUUGUUUUUGCAUGCCCUUUUCUUUCCGAAUAUAUAUUUCUGUUUACAGCUGUUGUUUUUCGCUUCUUUCUUUUUGUUGUGUGUUAUUAACGUGAUGGAUGCAGGAUUAAGAAACUCUAUGACAUCGAACAUGACUGGAUCCAGUCGUUUUCCUCUUCAGGAGCAGUAUCGUCAGAGAAAAAGCUCCCAUGAAAAUUGGGACAGGUUCAUUCCUAAUAGAUCUGCAAUGGAUUUUGACUAUGCACAUUUUAUGGUGACCGAAGGAUGUAAAGCUAAAGAGAUUCCGGCCAGUUCACCUUCAAGAGAAGCAUAUCGAAAGCAGCUUGCAGAGAUCUUUAACAUGAACCGGAGGAUCCUUGCUUUUAAGAACAAACCACCCACCCCCCCUUUGGAUGGUUUUCUGAAUGAGAACUCUUCCCCUUACCAGGCCAAACCUACAAAACCCCGUCGCCACAUUCCUCAGACAUCUGAGAGGACUUUAGAUGCCCCAGAUAUUUUGGACGAUUACUACUUGAAUCUACUAGAUUGGGGAAGCAGCAAUGUUCUCUCUAUUGCUCUUGGCAGUACUGUUUACCUGUGGGAUGCUUCUGAGGGCAGCACUUCUGAAUUGGUCACAGUUGAUGAUGAAUUUGGUCCGGUUACGAGUGUGAAAUGGGCUCCCGACGGAAGGCAUGUUGCCAUUGGCUUGAAUAAUUCUGAUGUCCAGCUUUGGGAUUCCACGGCUAACAGAUUGUUACGAACUUUGAGAGGUGGCCACCAAUCACGAGUAGGAGCCCUUGAUUGGAACAAUCAUAUACUGACAACAGGUGGGAUGGAUGGUAUGAUUUUCAACAAUGACGUCCGGGUGAGAUCACAUAUUGUGGAAACCUACAGAGGACAUAGUCAAGAAGUGUGCGGCCUAAAAUGGUCUGCCUCAGGCCAGCAGUUGGCAAGCGGAGGAAAUGAUAAUCUUCUAUAUAUAUGGGACAGAUCAUCGACUGCUGUUUCUUCUUCCAACUCCACCUCCUCAACAACACAAUGGCUUCACAGGUUCGAGGAACACACAGCUGCAGUUAAGGCCCUUGCCUGGUGUCCGUUUCAGGGGAACCUUUUGGCCUCAGGCGGAGGUGGAGGAGACCGAUGCAUUAAGUUCUGGAAUACUCAUACUGGUUCAUGUGUGAACUCAGUUGAUACAGGGUCUCAGGUGUGUGCGUUGCUUUGGAACAAGAAUGAGCGCGAGUUGCUUAGCUCUCAUGGGUUUACUAAGAAUCAGCUCACUCUCUGGAAAUACCCAUCAAUGGUUAAAAUGGCAGAGCUUACGGGACAUACCUCCCGAGUUCUUUUUAUGGCUCAGAGCCCAGAUGGUUGCACUGUUGCAUCUGCUGCAGGUGAUGAAACAUUAAGAUUCUGGAAUGUAUUUGGAACCCCUGAAGUCAAAAAACAGGUUCCCAAGUCUAACCCGGAGCCGUUCGCUCAUGUUAACCGAAUCCGCUGAUGCCCGAUUUGCUAUAUGCUUGAUGUUAUCUCGGCCGUUUUAGUGCUAUGGAGGCUUUCAAGACAGGGGUUAGUUCAAGCAUUUGUUUGGCACUACUCAAAAGUGAGUUGAUUAGGAGAUGAGAUAAUGCUAUGGCUAUGGAUGCUGUGAAUAGUGAUGCAAGUGGGCUGACAGUAGAUUAGUGGAGGAUGAAGAUAUGGCUGAAAAUGAGGAGCACAUACGGCGUAGCAAACGUGACAGGAAGGCUCUGGUUUGGCAAGAUGAUUAUGAUAUUUAUCACUAGUUUAUGGUUUUUAUAUUGUGUAAUUAAUAAUUAUAUGAGCGUAAUUAUAAGCUCCUUUCCUGGUUUUCUUUGACGGUUCUUUUUCCCGGAUUGUGAAAAAAGAGUCGAACCGCAU